GAAUUAUCGUCGGUGACGUUGCCUACUUGGCAACACUAACUCGGCGGUCAGCUGAGACGAUCGCAAGUGAAGGCGAGAUGUUGUUUGAGUGUUUACUCGUCGUUUCCUUUCUAGGAAGCCGGUGUCGUUCGUCGAAUGUGGUAGAAAUCCGGGCCAAUUUCUCUCAGGAGUACGACAAUGCUGUCCGAAGCGAUCGACAGAUCACCUAUUGGUAUCGAUACCAGUUCGGCCGCAAUCAGAAUUCGGCUAUCAGGGUUAAGGUGAACAGCAUUAAUGCAACGAAAGGAAUUCCCAUUUUAUUUGUUGUUAGACAGCAACAGGCAGUAAUUUCAUGGCAAGUUCCACUUGUUUUGGAAAAUAUCUAUGAAUAUAGGACAGUCGGCCAUACCUUAUGUCCCUUACAAAAUUAUUUGAAUUCGGACAGAAAAAUUCCUUUUGGAAAUCAAAAUGUAUAUAUUGAUGUUUCAUCUGCUUCAAACGAUUCAGUAACUUUUUCAUUGUGUGUUAAAAUUAUCAAAAACUUUGUAAUGAGUAACAGCCCUAAUGAAUCAAAUCCAGUUCAUGUGGAAAUUACUCCUUCUCAGCCUCAAUACUUCGAAUAUCAGUUUCCUCCUAAUGUUGAUGUUGUUCUUGUUCAUGUCACAUCUGAUGAUGAUCAGUGUAUGGUGGUUUCAGUACAGGAUAUUAAAUGUCCAAUAUUUGAUUUAGACCGAAAUAUAGAAUUUCGUGGAUUGUAUCAAACAAUGUCAAGACAAGCAGGUAUAACUGUGCAGCGAAAAGAAUUUCAAGAAGGAAGAUUUUAUGUUGUACUUCUGUUGAAACCAACCAAUGCUGAUUGUUUAGGAGUGUCUUUAAAUCAUCCAGAUGGGAGUUCUGUUAGAAGUAAAAAUAUUACAGUUAAAAUUUCUCCAAGUGUUACAAAAACUGAAUACUAUGAAGCUGUCUUUGAAGCAAUUUGCUUUUUUAUAAUAUUUUAUGUAUUAUCAGUUGUGAUUUCUGCAGUUUAUUAUAUUAGAGAUGGGAGAAAUGCAUCUGAAGCAAGCUUGCUAGAUAGAUCAGGUUGGUCUAGAAAUCAACAACAAGGACAUCAAACAUUACAAAAUUAUGGAGCAGUUGCAAUUACAAAUAAUGAUGGAAACAAUGAUACUGGUGUUUCAAGUGUUGUUUCUGCAUCAACUGAUGGAAAUGAUUCUGAUUCUUCACUUGAUGAAACUGAUGUAGAUAUGUUACAUGAUGUCGAUGAAGAGAAAGAUGUCUUUCGAACCAAGACGUUUUUAUAUGUAGCUGAUUUGGCAAGGAAGAAAGAAAAGAAAUUGAGGAAAAAAACUAAAUUGUAUACUUUGAAUUUGUUAACUAUUGCCGUGUUCUAUGGAGUUCCUGUUUUACAAUUAGUAUAUACUUAUCAAACUGUUCUGAAUGUUACUGGGAAUGAAGACAUAUGUUAUUAUAACUUCUUAUGUGCACAUCCUUUAGGUGUUUUCAGUGAUUUUAAUCAUGUGUUUAGUAAUAUUGGAUACAUCAUGCUUGGAAUUUUAUUUCUUUUAUUAGUGUGGAGAAGAGAUAUUCUACAUAAAAAAGCUGUAGACUCUAAUUGUCAUUUAGAAAAGUUUUAUGGAAUACCACAACAUUUUGGAUUAUUUUAUGCCAUGGGAUUAGCUCUUAUAAUGGAAGGAAUAUUGAGUGGAUGUUACCAUGUAUGUCCUAAUUAUUCCAAUUUUCAGUUUGAUACUGCAUUCAUGUACGUGAUUGCCAGUUUAUGUAUGCUAAAGAUUUAUCAGACCAGACAUCCUGACAUCAAUGCACAUUCUCAUUCUUCUUAUCUCUCUUUUGCCAUUGUUGUUGUUGUUGGAGUUCUUGGAGUUUUAAAUGGUUCAUGGAUCUUCUGGAUUGUAUUUACUGUUGCCCAUGUAUUGUGUUGUUUAGCCCUUAGUGCUCAAAUUUAUUAUAUGGGAAGAUGGAAAUUAAAUUUUGGAAUUUUCAAAAGGAUGUAUUUAACUUUACGUAAUGAUCUUAUGACGCACUUUACAAGGCCAAUGUACAUGGAUCGAUUGGUGCUUCUGAUCAUAGCAAAUUUUAUCAAUUGGUCAUGGUCAUUCUAUGGAUUGAUCAUUCUUCCCAGGGAUUUUGCUUCCUAUUUGUUAGCAAUAUUCAUCACCAAUCUGCUGUUAUAUCUUGCUUUCUACAUUAUUAUGAAGUUACGUCACAAAGAGAAGAUAUUGCCCCCCUCAUUGACUUACAUUAUUCUCUCUAUGAUUACUUGGGGUGCUGCUCUCUACUUUUUCUCCAAGAAGAACAUUACUUGGCAGAAAAGUCCAGCACUGUCCAGGGAAAAUAACAAGAAGUGUCUACUGGUGAAUUUUUAUGAUGGUCAUGAUGUCUGGCACUUUCUUUCCAGUGCUGCCCUCUUCUUCUCUUUCAUGACGCUGCUGACGCUGGACGACGACUUGAUCUUCACUCCCAGAGACGCCAUCCCCGUCUUCUAGGCUUUCUCCUCCUCUUCCCCUCCUCGCGCCCGUAUAUUUUUAAACGUCGAAGGAACUGGCGGACAGAACGGCUUCCUGCGCCGUCUUUUCUUCCAUCCCGUCCGCUCUUUAUCCCGGCGGCGGUAAGCGAGGCGGAGUCUACCCCCUUCGUACUUCCUUGGACGCCGGAUAAAUCUCCCAUUCCGAGCCUUUCCCCGGGGUGACGGAUUCCGAUCUCCGCCUGGCCGCCGGAAAGCGCUAGGAGGAAGGCACGGCCGAGAAAAGGGAAUUUGGCUGCCGAGGUGUUAAGAUUUUCCUUGUUUUUUUUACAAAUGUCGGAACGGGCGGAGGACGAAGACUUUUGGAAACGGUCGGUGGCUCUCCGCCCUUUGACCCGCGCCGAACGAGAACGACCUUUACCUCGACCGGAUCCUCCCCGAAUUUUCCGGUCCUUCGACUAUAAUACGGGUAAAUGAAAUCCUACCAGAAGACGGUUGUUGCGGUAAUAAAAGUUUAUUAAAUUUCGAGUUUUCCGAAAA